CCACCAUCUUCGCUUCCAUCAUCUCCUCACAAGAAACCCAUUCGUUUCGUCUACCAAGUAAUUUUUCCUUAAAAUAUCGCCAAACCCUGACUGAAAUGCCCGAGGAGAAACCCGCCGAGCAAGCCGCGAUACGCGAGCGCCCAACCCCGCUCUCGCCCGGCGCAGACCCCGCUCAGGCAGGAGCUGCUGGUGCGCCACCGGCAGGCUCGGAGCCGACCUCUGUUGGGAUUCUUCCGGCCGGCCACUGGACACGGGCUGCACAGGACGAUCGCGCCGACAAUGACGACGAUGCUGAGUCGGCUCUCGGAAGCGACAUCGCGUCCGCGACUACAUCCAUCGCCUCCACCAUUCUUCAAUAUAGGAAAAUCCAUGGUCGAACGUAUCACAGCGAGAUAGGGAAUGCUCAGUACUGGGCAUCCAACGACGAACCACAGAAUGAAUCAAUGGAUAUCAACCACCACGCCCUCACUCUCGCCUGCGGGGGUAAACUGUUCCUGGCACCUCUCGAUAAAGAUAAAAUCAAGAAAGCAAUCGAUAUUGGGACUGGAACCGGUAUUUGGGCCAUUGAUUUUGCCGAUGCGUUUCCCGGCGCGGAGGUCAUCGGAACGGACAUCUCACCCAUCCAACCGACCUGGGUCCCACCAAACCUGAGUUUUGAAAUCGAAGACUGUACUCACGACUGGACCUUCCCCCCUGAUUCGGUUGAUUACAUCCACAUGCGGUGGCUGGUGGGCAGCAUCCCCGAUUGGCCAGCCCUCUUGGCUCAAGCCUUCAAGUGCUGCCGACCUGGAGGGUGGGUGGAAAGCUUCGAGACCUCGUCGCUGAUAGAAAGCGACAACGGAACAGUCACUGAGGCCUCGGCCAUGGGGCAGUGGGGCAAGUUCUACAUCGAGGGUGGGAAGAAGCUUGGGAACACAUUUACCGUUGUUGAGGACGGCACACAGAGGAAGGCCAUGGAGGAGGCGGGAUUUGUCGAUAUCGAAGAGUUCAACUUCAAGACUCCGCUCGGCGGCUGGCCUAGAGAUCCGCAUAUGAAGGAGCUAGGCCAAUACGGCAAGCUUGUUCUCGAGUCAGACAUCGAGGGCUAUGUGUUAUUCAUGGCCAAUACGCUGGGCUGGACGAGAACGGAAAUUCAGGUCUACAUUGCGCACCUCCGGCGUGAGAUACGGUCAGGGAAGUACCAGCCAUACUACCGGCAGAAGGUUGUCUGGGGUCGAAAACCAGCCUGAAAUCACGUUUGUGGGUAGUUUCAGACAGCAAGACCUUAGUCAAUUUCUCCUUGUCGGUUGCUAAUCCUUUUCUGACCCCCUUUCCCGUGAUGACCUUGGCGCCUUGGCAGUGUCUUGACACGCCAUAUCGAACUACAGAUGAGUGGUGACACAACCACCGACUGCAAUGUCAGAGACCUCAUAGCGGCCAGCAAGCAGGCUCCAGAAGAGAUUCCCAGUGCAGACUCGUCUGCAUCCAUCAAUCCAAGUCAAAAUCCCGAACUGCCUUCUCUGUCAUUUCAAUAACCUGUGAGACCACCAGGUUCAUGUUCCCCUGCUUGAAGUAUAGCAAUGG